AUGAUAGUUUGUGCAUUUAAUUGGAGAUAUUUAGAUGACUUUGCAGGUUGUUGGCUAGGAAAUCAGUUUUACAUGGUGGGGGAUCGUUGGAGUCCUUCAAUAAAUCCACAUGGAUUGAUGGUAGUUAAACAUCAUCGUGUUCAAUUAGAAGGGAGAGUGCUGUGUACAAACAUCAAGCGUGAGUGUCCAAAACCAAAAUGUGCCACGCCCAUUCUCAGACCAAAUACAUGCUGUAAGAUAUGUCCAGGUCAAGAUACGUCAUAUGAGGACCAGUUCAACACUGUUGACACUGCUACAUCCACAAACCCAGUUCUGACAGAAAGAAGUCUACCCGAAAAAGAUAUGAGUGCAUUAUUGGUAGGCGGUGGGCGUCAGAAACACGGUGGUCGAACUGUUCGAACAAGAGCGGUUGCUAUGGUGCAUAUUACAAAUAUAACCGAAGAUUCAUUCAACUACGCAGUUAGAUAUUCAAGAUUGAAGGAUCCCGUAUACUUCAAAAUAACUGAUGAAUAUGGUAACCCAGUCAUUGAACGGAAGAUACCGAGGCAGCAGUCAAGAUCAGGAAUGAUAUAUGAUAAAGUUGAGAACAUACCAAAGAACUAUGUGAAGUAUAUACUACAAAACAAUGCAUACAUCACAAUAACUACCACGAGACACAAAAGGGGCGAAAUACAUGGAUAUCUCCGGACUAACACUAUUGCCGCAAUUGCAUCAUUUGAAGCCUUAUUGAAUCCCCCAGACAAAUCAGGAAUCGGAGCUCUUGUAACGAUGUUUUAUGACGUCACAACAAAAAUGGCGUCCUUCGUCAUUCAAGUCGAUGGAUUUCGUCAUUCGAAAAUAAUUUCAGACGAAUAUUUUGUGAGUUUCGAGAAAGAUACAGAAAUAAUACAUCAACAUAUUUUGAGAGUUUCACACCAGAAAUAUCAGAUGGUAGGGAAAGUAAGCGUUGAUAGCAAAAUGUCCAAACAAAUAGCCCGCGGAAGGUUACAUGUUCGAGUGACGUCACGUUCAGGAGCGACAAUGGUUGGUCAGCUCAGACCGAGGCUCCUACGUACAGAUAUGAUAGGGACGUUUGCCACGACUAACCGCAGUGCCGGAUAUGUUUUGAUGACACUAGAAGAUGACGGAAGCUUGAAAUACAAGGUUUCGUUUCAUUUGCCGCAUAGUGCUUCCAUUAACAUUGUAUUACAACGGCAAAUUAAGAAUAAUGCGAGCUGGAAAGAUUUCGCCAAGCUUCUAGAGGAGACAGAGCACUACAACGAGCCUCGUUUUGAGGCUGAAGGGUCGUUUAAAAAGUUACGAGCAAGGGACAUUGUGUUUAUACAGAAUGCUGGUGUGCGAAUUAGGAUUACAAUAAAUAAUGAAGACAUUUACACUAGAGUGUAUCCAUUACAAAGGAAGACAGAUUUUUUAUUCAAAGCGUCAGAUAGGAUGCUACGAUCGACGUAUUGUGAAUCACCAGCAUUUGUGUUUUAUGACGUCAGCAAAAAUUGCUCCGACCUAAGUUACUACGUCAUAUCAUCUGGCGCACGUGACGAGACCCUAGACAUGACAUUUACCAUAGAAACUAGAAACGCCGGCUCUUUUAUAAGAAAACUAGAAAAGCCGAUGGGAACAAUUACUGGGAUAGGAGAUGGCGUGUACAGAGACAUAAAUCAUGGUAAAGCGACAGCGAGGCUUAGGGUCUCCGGUGACGUAUGUGAACAGUACGAAGGAAAGAUUCGAAUUAGGAACAAUUGCUGGAAGAAGUCGUUUCCACAGACCACUACAGGUUCGGUGAUAGAUUCGCAAGAAAACGGGUUAGAAAUAGAUAGAUUUGACACAUUCAGAUGUUAUUACGAAGGGCAGUUUUAUGCGCAUGCGCAGUCUUGGAUACCAGCAGACGACAAUCCUUGCGUCACUUGCAGAUGUAAUAGAGGCAAAGUGCACUGUGACAGAAUGAUCUGCCCGCCCACUUCGUGUAAAUAUCCAAUCAAAAGAGAAGAUGAGUGUUGCCCUGUAUGCAAUGACGACAACGAUACUGAGAAAAAGCACUCCGGAAGUUGUUAUUUUGAGGGCGACAAGCGUUGGCAUCUGGCCGGAUCCUACUGGCAUCCAUUUGUUCCACCAUUUGGCUACUCAAAAUGUGCUAUAUGCAACUGUGUACAAUCGACCUUAGAGGUGAAUUGCACAAGGGUACCAUGCCCAGCAUUGAACUGUCCAAAACAUCAGCGAAUUAGAGUAAAACCUGAUGACUGUUGCCAGGUUUGUCGAGGAAGGAACGAUGCUGCAGUUAGUUUUGAUGACAUUUUCCUGAAGACAAAGAGAAAAGGCAAGGAAGGGUGUACAUUUGGAGGUGGUUUGUUUCAGCACGGUGAUAAAUGGCACCCUGUGUUACACCCAUUCGGAGAGAUGAAAUGUUACACGUGCUCAUGCAAAAAUGGUAAAGCUCGAUGUAGAAAGCAGAGAUGUCAACCUUUAGACUGCAAACACCAGUACAGACCGUCAGGAGAAUGUUGCCCUGCAUGCACAGAGAAGAAGUCAAGACAGAAGGGCAGUAAUGAAAUAUUAGUUUAGGGUGUGUGACGUUCUUUGUUUCUGUUAUAGCUGCUGUUGUUGUUGUUGUUUCUGUUAUUUGUGGUCACAUUUUACUCUUUUUAUCUGGAUGUCAAGGGGUCGACGGUGAAACGAAAUAUUAUUUAAAUAUAAUGUAAAAUUGCCUUGCUUCAAGUGAAACAAUCCACUUAAUAUUAACAGCUUGACUAAUCUGAACAGUUUACAGUGUCCAAUCAUUUACCCGGAAUGCUUUGGUUCCCUCUUAUUGUCUGAUUUGAAAACGUCCAGACAAAUCAUUCAGACUUUAUAUUGCAUUUUGGUUUUUAUUUUACACUCAUAAAAGUUUGUAUUGUGUUGAUCAGUUGAAUAAAUGCA